UUCAUGAAGGGGCUUUUCCAAGGGUCCUUUGGGCCUCCCUAGAAUCUUCUCCCCUGUGAACUGGACCAGUACUGCUCCAUUCCGGUACCAUGACACAACCGGAGGGUGCCCCCAAGAUACUAUUAACAAAAGGCAAAUUCUCUAAAAUUCAAAUCAUUUACUUUGUUAAGAAAAUGUGACGAUCACAGGGAUUCAAGGUUAAGCUGAGCUCCGGUAGCAACAGCUCCUGAGAUGCAAAAGAGAAAGGCAGCAGCCGGCAGGAGUUGUGUCCCCGGGGGACUGGCAUCUGCCUGAGUGGAAGGUUUGGAAAUCACUGGGGUUGGCAUCUCCGGCUUGCAGCCACAUGCCCUUGCAAGCGGCAGAGGGGCUGUAGAAUCCUCUGAAGCAGCAGGUCUCAACCUGUGGAUCUUGACCCCUUUGGGGGUCGGAUGACCCUUUCUCUGGGGUCGCAUAUCAUCGAAUCCUGCGUAUCAAAUAUUUACCUUCAUAUAUUCAUAACAGUAGCAAAAUGACAGUUAUGAAGUAGCAAGGAAGUGAUUUUAUGGUUGGGGGUCACCACAGCAUGCAGGACUGUAUUAAAGGGUCUCAGCGUUAGGAAGGUUGAGAAUGCUCUGAUGGACACAGCUGCGUGACCUGUCUGUCCUGUCCUGACCAGACAGGAGUCUCUGGCCAUGCUCUGAAAAACAGCAAGGAGCAGAGAAAGAGGCAUGCGUGGAAACAAUGAUCUCCAAGGGAGGGCAGGCUACUCCCCAGCCACAGCCUUUGAGUCCCUCACAGUGUCCAUGAGGGGUCUUCGAGUAGUGGGAAGUGCUGUGGAAUCUGCCCAAGUGUUUGCUACCCUGUGGCUUCUCCUCCUCCAGCUGAUGGACAACUGACAGGCAGCCAGGUGUGCUAGGACAGUCACACUGUGUACACAGGGGAGUGGCUGCACCUGCUGUCUCACCUGCCAGGGAGGCUGAGAGUCAUGUCCUAGGGGAAAAAUUGGAAGGAAUUAAGUAUUCGAGUGAAGCGAGGUUGUUAAAUAAAAUACAUUCUGGUUGAUGAAGAGUGCCCUGCUAGAUCAGUGGUUCUCAACCUUCUUAACCUGCAACCCUUUAAUACAGUUCCUCAUGCCGUGGUGACCUCCAACCAUGAAAUUAUUUUUGUUGUGACUUCUUAACUGUAAUUUUGUUACUGUUAUGAAUCAGAAUACAAAUAUCUGUGUUUCCUGUGGAAGGGUCAUUCAAGUCCACCUAGAAGUCGAGACCCAUAUUUUGAAAACCACCACGGAGGGCUGGAGAGAUGGCUCAGUGGUUAAGAGCACUGGCUGUUCUUCCAGAGGACCCGAGUUCCAUUCCUAGCAACCGCAUGAUUGCUCAUAACCAUCUGUAACGGAAGCUGAUUCCCUCUUCUGGCCUGCAGGCAUACAUACGCUCAGGCAAAAAACGCUGCAUACAUAAUAAGUAAGUAAAUAUUAAAAAGAAAGAAAGAAAACCUCAAAGUAGCAGAAGAAAAUGUGAUACCAUUUCAGGAUGAAAAAAACAGGACACAAUACAGCAUCCUCAAAAAAUCUGUCAACUCGGUCCAAGACCAAGAUGGCUGCUAGAACCUCCGCCUUCCUUAAGGAUGCCUGGGCGAAGGAGCCGGUGCUGGUGGUGUCCGUCACUGUCUGGGGCCUCGCUGUAAUGAUUAACCCCUACACCAAGUAUGCUAGCAUGAUCAACAGGGCCAUACCCUACAACUACCCAGUGGCUGAUGCUCACCAUCCACAGGAGCCUGGUCCAAGCUUGGAAUGGCUCAAGAACCUGCAAAUGCUUCUGCUGAUGGAUUCGGUCCCGUCCCUGUUGCCCUCCAAUAAAGAUGGAGGCGGCAGUGUUCUGAAACCCUUCAGAGCCACCAUGGGGAUCUCUGAGGCCUAUUCCUGA